AUGACGGACGCUACUGAAGCUAAAUUAGAAAAUACCGAAGACCAAUUAGGCACCACCACGCAAUUUGCAUCUAGUAAUGCUAGUGCUGGUGCUCCAGGAGGGGGAGACGACGACGACGACGAUGAACCUUCUGGUGGUAAGCAACAAAAGGAACGUAGAAAAAUUGAAAUCAAAUUCAUCCAGGAUAAAUCAAGAAGACAUAUCACUUUCAGUAAAAGAAAAGCCGGUAUCAUGAAAAAGGCGUAUGAAUUGUCAGUCUUAACCGGUACUCAAGUGUUAUUAUUGGUUGUUAGUGAAACCGGAUUGGUUUAUACUUUCACUACGCCAAAAUUGCAACCUUUGGUUACUAAAUCCGAAGGGAAAAAUUUAAUUCAAGCUUGUCUUAACGCUCCAGAAGAAGGUUUGGGCGAUGAUCAAGGCGACCAAUCUGACGGUAACUCUCAGGAAUCUCCUGAUCAAAGUCCAGUUCCUACUGGUGCUUCGAAUCCUUCUACUUCCACCAACUCAACUAGUGCUGCUCAACAGCAACAACAACAGGCGCAACAGGCUGCUCAAGUCCAUCAUGCGCAACAAGUGCAAGCUGCUCAACACCAACAAUUACCUCCAGGAGCCGCUCACAUUCCUCAUGGAAUUCCUUAUCCAGCUGCUGGCCACCCUCAAAACAUGGGGAUUCCCGCUCAAGCUUACAGUGAUCCAAACGUUUACCAACAAUAUUUCUCCAACUUACAAAAUGGUAAUAUACCAAACCAACAACAAUAUCAAUAA